CCAACGAAUGCCCUUAAGUGCGCAGGAGGUUCGGACCACUGGCACGAACUUUGUGAUUUACUGUAUACAGCGGAAGUAUAAUGUACUUGAACUUUUCAGGUUGAAUCAUUUAAAAGACAAAGUUCCUCGAAACUUCUCGGAAAGUGCGUGCACGUCUUUCUACAGCUUUAUGUCUUCACAGUAUGAGUAGGAAGUGCUAAACUCAUCUGAACAAAUAUUACAGCUAGCUGUUGAAAUUCAAGCUGGUAUUUUAGGCGAUCGAAAGUCACAAUGACGUACGGUAUUAUCAUCGUCUAUUUAGAGGCACGAUUUAACUACAGACCAAGGAUAUCUUUGCACCUACGUAAUUGUUGUUUUCUCGUAGUAUCUCUUCGAAGCGUGCCACACGCCAAAAAAGACCUUAAAGUUGAAAUAGUACUUCAUGUAUUAGGCCAGACACCCUAAUGCUCUAUGUCAGACGUCGAAAAACUCGCUUCUCAGAGAUUUCAGCAAAUUCCAAAGGGCUGCUUGGUGGUAAAGAAAGUGAGCAGGCCGUCUCGUGUGGCCAGGGAAAAGCUAAACAACAAAGCCCAAGGGGACUUCUUACCGCGAGCCACGCUGCUUUAAAAGCCUCUCUUCUUUUGGCAUAGACGGAAGGAAGUUUUCGUUCGACUCAAAAAUGUUUACUUAACUUCCUCCUGGUUGAAGUCUGGAGAUCGCGGCGGGCUCGCGAAGCGGACCGCAGAAAUGAAAACUAUAACUCCACGUGAUGAACACGUGACGUACACUCGAGCUGAAACACUGUCCAUCAGCGUGCGUUUUUACGUCCGGUAUCGUGCGUGGUUUGAUGUUGAACCGACCUCUGCCAACCGUGUGCAUGUCAUGUAAGUCCCAGAGUGGAUAAACAAACACGCUUGCGCAAAGGGUUGGGAAAACAGGCCCUUGCCCACGCACGGUCAUGUCGCUGACACACGGGGACGGCGAGUGAAGAGUCGGAGGUUGUAGAGUAGGAUCAUCCGUCCUGGAGAGGAGGCUCGCGACCCGGUUUUUCCCGCUGACAGGUGUGUUUUCCAGGCUGUUAAUCAGUCGGGCUCUCGGCGGGGCACCUCUGGCUCGUGAGCACGAGCCUGGACCAAAGUAAAGCCUCUUGUCUUAGCCAGGCAUAAACAAUCGUGAUAACCUCAGCCCUGUUUGCUUUCAACCUAAGAGCACGGCGGCUGGUGGCUGGGGCAAUUAGAAUUCCUGAUCUGUCCUGUCAUUGGGAGGAAUUUGUGAAUUUGGAGGACACCGUCGGCUGAUAGACGGCAUCUCUCCCGGAGAGAGCUGAGCUCACGGCGAGAUCGGGAUGUUGGGCGGCGGCGUGGUCCCGGUUCUGACUUGUUUCUUCUCACUGUUGUCCCGCGGGACGGGAUGGGACGCACGAGGAUCCGACCGGAUCGUCAACGACGAUCCCUCCGCUCUACAGAUCGGGCUGGAUCCCGACUCUCCCCGCUCCAAGGUGGAAAUCCUGGGCGAGAUCUUCAAGAAGCACGUCCAGCGCCUGAGACAGACGGAAAACCAGACGGUCGAACUUGUUUUCCUGGUGGACAGCUCCGCCAGUGUCGGCAACGAGAACUUCAACAGCGAGCUCCGAUUCGUGAAGAAACUCCUGGCUGACUUUACUCUCGCGGAGAAUGCGGCACGCGUGGCCAUCGUUACGUUCUCCUCACGCAACAAGGUAGUCAACCAUGUGGACCACUUGUCUAAACCCAGCUAUCACAAACACAAAUGUUCUCUCCUGGAAGAAGAACUACCGAGAAUUAAAUACGCCGGCGGGGGCACUUACACCAAGGGAGCCAUGAUAAAAGCACAGGAAGUCCUGCGGCACGCCCGUCCGAACGCCACCAAGGCGGUGUUCCUGAUGACUGACGGCUAUUCCAACGGCGGGGACCCCCUUCCCGAGGCGCGCAAACUCAAGCAGAACGACGUGCAGAUCUUCACCUUCGGCAUCCGGAGCGGAAACGUCAAGGAGCUUCAGAACAUGGCCACGGACCCGGCAGAGGAGCACAGCUACUUCCUCGACAGCUUCGCCGAGUUCGAGGCUUUGGCAAGACGGGCGCUACACGAGGAUCUCCAGGGUGGAGAGUUCAUCUUAGAGACGCCUGGGAAGUGUUGGAAGCUGUGUCCCCAGGGCAACAAGUGUUGUGACGUCACCGCCUCCUGCAGGUGCGGCACGCACACGGGGCAGUACCAGUGUAUAUGUGAGGCGGGGUACUACGGAAACGGCGUUCAUCACGACUGUCUAGCCUGCCCCGUGGGGACCUACAAGCCUGUAGCUGCACCUGGCGGGAUCAACACCUGCCUCAAGUGUCCGGACCCGCACCACGUGACCCCGCUGGCAGCUACAUCCACCCAGCAGUGCAGGUGCAAGGCCGGGUACCGGGACGAUGGCGGGGGGCACUGCCAAGUGGUUACAUGUCCUGCACUAUCACCUCCUGAACGUGGCUACUUCGUGCAGGACACCUGUAAUAACGUGUUUAACUCGGCCUGUGCUGUACGGUGUGACCCCGGGUACGACCUGCUGGGAGACAACCUCAGGCUGUGCACCAAGGACGGGGAGUGGACCGGGUCUCCCGCCAAAUGUGUCGUACGGAAGUGCAAACCUCUGCUGCCACCGCGCCAUGGCACCAUCUUCUGUGACCGAGAUGACUACACGUUUGAGACAGUUUGUAAGUUCACCUGUGCCCCUGGACACAAGCUGGUUGGGUCCCACAAGAGAAGAUGUCUGGCCAUUGCCCACUGGGAUGGCGUCCCUGCAGAAUGUGGAGUGAUCACCUGCCCAAGGCUGUCUGCCCCUGCCCAUGGGUUCCUCCAACCCAAGAACCCCUGUACAAAGAAGAAGGUACCUUAUGGAGCAUCCUGUCAGUACAGCUGUGAAGAUGGGUUCCAACUGGAAGGAAUUUCAGACACUACCUGUAACAACACUGGGGAAUGGAAUAACCUAACAGAGGAACCAACUUGCAAAGGAUGA